UUUCGCUUGCGGUCUUCACACGGAUUGGUUUCCUCUGCUCCUGAAUCCAUCUUAUAUGUUCUUCGCUUUCCCUUCGGAACCAAAGUAUGAGAGGAAGGAAAACAGAGACAACUAUUCUCCAAUGAUGCCAAUUGUCUUGCCUUUUCUUCUUCUCUCAGCCAUUUUCGCCGCAGAAGGGCAAUCCGUUGUAAAGCCAGGCUCUUUCUUAACACCUACCGCGACCAACUCUUCUUGGUUAUCGCGUUCCGGUCUAUAUGCCUUUGGAUUCUACAAGCAAGGGAACGGUUAUUCUGUUGGCAUCUUUCUUGCCGGGCUUCCACAGAAGACGGUGGUUUGGACAGCCGACCGAGACAUGCCUCCAGUUCCCGCUGAUGUUAAAUUGAAUUUCACAAGUGAUGGACGACUGCUUCUGCAAUCGGCACAAGGCACACAAACCGGCCUCGCCAGUUUUCCGGAAGGUGCAAGCUCAGCAUCGAUGCUUGACUCGGGCAACUUUGUUCUCUAUAAUUCUGCCAAUCAGAUGGUAUGGCAGAGUUUCAGCUACCCAACAGACACCUUUUUACCAACUCAAAAUCUUUCCCAUGGACAGGUGUUGUUUUCCAGUCUUUCAUACUCUAACCAUUCAACGGGCAUAUUUCGUCUCUUAAUGCAAGAAGAUGGUUGGCUCGCUAUGUACCCAGUUGGAACUCCAUACACGCUUGAGUAUGGUUAUUGGGGAGCUGGUAUAAGUGGACAAAAAAAUGAUGUGGUACUGCAACUUGAAGAUAAUGGUCAUCUCUAUUUGGUCAAUGGCGUUGGCGCUAUCAUAGUGAAUAUCACACCAGCAGGAAAUCCUUCAACAGGUGCAAUCUACCGAUUGACAAUUGACCCCGAUGGGAUGUUGCAGCUAUACUCGCACGAUAUGAAUCAGAAUGGAAAUUGGACAUCCAUAUGGUCUGCUCCAGAGAACAAGUGUUACCCUAAGGGUCUAUGUGGGCUUAAUGCAUAUUGUGUCUUAAAUGAUGUACAAGUUGGUUGCAAAUGUCUUCCAGGAUUUGAAUUGGUCAACCAAGACGAUUGGAGUUCAGGCUGUGAAAGGAAUUUCACUGCAGAAAGUUGCAAAAGUGACACAUAUACCAUGGAAGCAGAGCCUAAUAUCGUAUGGGAAAAUGAUAAUUAUUCUGUUAUCAUAUCGACAACCCAAGAGAUUUGCGAAGAAGCAUGUUUGCAAGACUGCAACUGUGAAGCUGCACUGUUCAAAGACGGGGAGUGCACAAAACAGAGGCUUCCUUUGCGAUUCGGGAGAAGAGAUCAAAGCGAUUCAACCAUAGCCCUCGUCAAGGUAAGUACAUCUACAACCACUAUAGAUGGAAAUCUGCCGAAAGAAACCAAAAAAGAGCUUCGACUGGACAUCCUAAUUAUUGGUGUUUCAUUACUUGCUUUUGCAUUAAUUGUCUUGGCGAGUUCUGGAAUUGCAAUUUGCAGAAAUCGUGUUUGGUCAUAUAAAAUGAUGUCUAAUAAUGGAAACACCAUCUUGAGAGAUGAUUUUGCUCCAAAAUCAUUUAGUUACGCAGAACUUGAGAAAGUGACCGGUGGUUUCAAGGAAGAGCUUGGUAGAGGAGCGUUUGGGACGGUAUAUAAAGGGGCAAUCUGGAAUGGUGUCAGCGAGAAGAUUGUAGCCGUCAAGAGGCUCGACAAAUUGUUGGCUGAACGAGAAAGAGAAUUCCAUACAGAGAUGAGAGUUAUUGGGAGAACGCAUCACAAAAACCUUGUUCGUCUGCUGGGUUAUUGCCAUGAUGGACCCAACAGGCUUUUGGUGUACGAGUACAUGAGCAAUGGGUCACUUGCAGACAUACUCUUCACACAUGAAAAGAAACCUUCUUGGGAUGAAAGAAUGGAAAUCGCUCACAACAUUGCAAGAGGAAUUCUUUAUCUCCAUGAAGAGUGUGAGCCACAAAUCAUUCAUUGUGAUGUAAAACCUCAGAACAUACUCAUGGAUGAAAAUAGACGUCCAAAAAUUUCUGACUUCGGAUUGGCAAAGUUGCUGAAGGCUGAUCAAACCAGAACAUUUACCGACAUCAGAGGGACAAAGGGAUAUGUUGCUCCAGAGUGGCAUCGGAAGUUGCCGGUGACAGUCAAAGUAGAUGUGUACAGCUUUGGAAUUGUGCUGCUGGAGAUUAUAUGUUGUCGAAAGAGUGUGGAACAUGAUCUUCCAGAGGAAGAAGCUAUUCUUGAAGAAUGGGUAUACCAAUGCUUUGAGAGUGGUGAGCUUGAUAGACUAGUGAAUAAUGAAAAGAUUGACAAGAGACAAUUGGAGAGAAUUGCUAAAGUAGGACUUUGGUGCAUUUUGGAUGAGCCCUCGCUCCGCCCUUCAAUGAAGAAGGUGCUACUCAUGUUGGAAGGGACUGUUGAUAUUCCGGACCCUCCAAGUCCGACUUCUUUUUUUAGUGCUGUCUGAUUCCAAUCCCUCCAAAUCCGACAUCCUUAUUUUCGUGUCUUCUAAAAUGUGUAUGUACUUAAAAAGAAAAAAGAACAAAGAAAAAAAGUGUGAGUAUUGUCUAGUGACAUGUCUUAGAUGUUUUCUUUUAAGCACUAUGUAUCUUGUAUCAAUUUGAGCUUUUCUUUUGUGUACCAUUUUAAAUUGCA